AUGACGGAUGCAAAAAAUACAAAACUUAAAUAUUAUCGCGAUUUGGUUAAACAAGCUUACCCACGUUCCUACGAACCUACCUGGGCUGCACCUAAAUUCGAAUAUAUUCACAAACUAGUUAUGGAAUAUAAUUAUCGAAUAAACUUAAAAAGACAAUUCAAAUUUUCUCUUUGUGAACGAUGUAAUAAUAUCUCAAACAAAUUGAGUCCUGACAAAAAAUCAACUAAUACAACAAGGAAAAAAGCGGAUGAUAAAAACGCUAGUGAGAGUGAGACAAGCAGUAACGAAGAAUCUGAAUUUGCACUAGGAUACAAAUUAUUCAUAAAGUUAUCAGAUGGGACUUCAUUACCUGCAAAAUGGUUUGAAAAAUCGGUUACAACUAUAGAUGAAUUUCUUUCAUCAAUUCAUAAUAAAGUUAUUUCAUUAACUAAAAAUACUAAUGCUUUGCCGAAUGAUUAUCGUGUAACUUUUAAAACACAAAGAGAAGCAG